UGCCUGGCCGGCGUGGAGCACGUCUACAGGUACUGCCACGUCAACGUGCCAGAGCAGCUUCUGCGGGACUUGCUCCCCGGACCCGUGACGCUGGUCCUGCAGCGCUCGGAUGGACUCAACAAGGACUUGAACCCGUUCACGUCGCUGGUCGGAGUUCGCAUUCCAAACCACGAGUUCAUCAGGGAGCUGGCGCAGGCUUGCCCAGGACCCCUGGCUUUAACGAGCGCUAACGUCAGCUCUCGGGCAAGCACGCUCACCGUCUCGGAAUUCCAAGACCUUUGGCCUCAGCUAUCCUUGGUCAUUGACGGCGGUCCGAUUGGAGACACUCAGAGUCCAGAAUGUCGUCUGGGAUCAACGGUGGUCGAUUUGUCUGUGUCUGGGAAAUACACUAUUAUUCGGCCAGGCUGUGCUCUGGGUCCUACAGUCGAAAUCCUGAAGCAGAAGUACGGCUUGACGUCAGAACCUUCUUGAGAAACUGAACUCUGCCGGAGCCCUGCAGGGUCGGGAAAGCUGGGCACCGUGUGCCUGUGUCCUCAGGCGUCCAGUGUCAUGGCCUUGUUUAAUAAGGCCCAUCAUCUUCCUGUCCGAGCUCAUUACACAAGAGUGCCGGUGGCUGGGUGCCUGCAUGCUGGCACUUGGUCUGCUGGACUUUGGUAAGGAACCAAACCAGGGUUUGUGUCAUCUCCCUUGGACUAUUGUAAUAUCUCCAAGCACCCUUGUGCAGAUGGAUGUGUUUGCCCAAAUUGGAGAGACAUUUCAGCUUUGAAAUAAAAAGGAAAAAAACCCUGAACGCAAGACUCACAACGUGUCGAUGGGCUGUGACACUGACCGGAGCCUUGUUAGCAACAUCCCGUGGUUUUUCAAGGCUCUUCAUUUAGUUCCUGUGAAUAUCAGGACUGCACAGCUGCAUCUCCUCUGGCUUUGAAGCGGCCGAUCCACCCCUGUUCAGAUCUCUUGUAGAGAGAACCUUUUACUCCACCAGGUUGGCAGGUGUCUGUGUGAAGCAGUGGGGGUUUUUUAGACUGAAGCAGUGUCUCGGGAUGCCAUGUUCUGCAUAAAGUCCAGCCAAACCCUGCUCUUUCCAAUGGAGAUGAGCAGGACAAACUUCUGCUGCACUUUAUGCACCAUAAGAAGAUCCAUUUUGGAAGGUACCUCUUUGAGCAAGAGUUAAUUCCUGUGCUGGGGAGACGUUUCAGAAGUUUCCUGAGCUGCAGAUAUUAGACUCUAUCCCUUACGGACUGUUGGCUUCCUUUCUUAGAACAACUGCAGUCUGAACUCUAUCUGUAGGGCAGUGAACAAGCUCAGUGGAUUAAGAUGGAUGUAACAGGAAGAGAAUAGGCAGCUUUCAUUCAGUAUUUAUAGUGGGAUCGCUAGAGUGUCAUUAGUCUGUUCUUGGGGGUAUUGCUUAUUAGUACCAUGGAUCAAUCUUUCUAUUUAAUUUGGCUGUAAAUAGUUAUUUUUUAAGAUGCUUUGACCUCUGAAAUGAAC